CCUCCGGGGCUCGUGGAAGGCCGAGGAGGAUGGGGAGGGAGCGGACUACAUUUCCCAGAAGGCUCUGCGCGAAGCGUGUGAAUCGGCAUCCCGGGCGGCGGUGGUUAACCUGGAAAGUGCCAGUGAGGAUGGGCGAGGAAAUUUAGGAGCUAGUGAAGGUCGGGGACCCCUUUGAUCCCCCAGACCCAGGGUGGCGGCGGCCUUGGGGGCAUGGGAUGAGUGGGAGGACGAGGAGGUGGAGGGGGAAGUCGGGAAAGACACGAGGUGAGACCAUGCAGGGCCGUGUAGCGGAGUACGACUGCUGCGGAGGAUUUGGGAAUGUGGAUUUUAACCAGGCAGAACUUUCCGUUAUGACCCGGCUUUUUGGUUACAUCGAUGUCACAGAUUUCACCUUCGGGGCUGCCGUCCUCUGCAUCAUUUUCAAUCCCCUUUUCUGGAACCUGGUUGCAAGAUGGGAAUACAAAACACGCAAGCUGAGCCAGGCCUUUGGGUCUCCCUAUCUCGCGUGUUACUGUCUGGGCAUGAUCGUCCUGCUGCUGAACUUCCUCCGAUCUCACUGCUUUACCCAGGCCAUGUUGAGCCAGCCGAAGAUGGAAGGGUUGGACUGCAUAGGGGCCUACUAUGUAGGCCUCGUCAUCCUGGGAGUUGGCAUCAUCUUUGUGCUCUCCAGCUUCUAUGCCCUUGGAUUCGUUGGGACGUAUCUAGGUGAUUACUUCGGAAUCCUGAAGGAAGCAAGAGUGACAUCGUUUCCAUUUAAUGUCUUGGACAAUCCCAUGUACUGGGGGAGCACAGCCAACUACCUGGGGUGGUCAAUCAUGAAUGCCAGCCCUACAGGCCUCCUGCUGACGGUCAUUGUGGCUCUCACCUACACAGUUGCCAUUAUGUAUGAAGAGCCUUUCACUGAGGAGAUCUACCGGCAAAAAUCUCCGAAGUCAAAGAAGAAUAAAUAAAUGCUGGCAGGAUUUGUAUUGGAGAAUGGGUGGUGGAAGGAGUCGGCUGACUGCAUUGCUGGAAGCCAAGCUCUGUCCCCUACUUCAUGUGUUGGAUAAUUUCAAGUGAAAUGCUUGGUGACUACCUGGGUACUUAACUCCAGUCCCUCCCCACCCCCCAGGGGCUGGGAGUGGUAACAUAAGGUGCCUUUUGAAACAGCCUCCUGGAGGAUGGGGGUGUCCACCACUGAGUACAUGCCCUCACCCACCCACCCCCAACUUCCCAAUUCAAUAAUAAAAAAGCCUAAUUCAUAUCUA